AUGUCAAAUCUUCAAAUUUUGGAUGUUGCAUACAACAACCUAACCGGUAUCAUCCCUCAUUGCCUAAAAGAGUUGAAUGCAAUGGUUAUUGGUGUAGAAAAGUGGUAUGACAGUUAUGGCUGGGGUGAUUCUAAUGAGAAUGUGAUUCAGGUCAUGAAAGGUGUUGAUCUUGUAUAUACUAGAAUUUUGGAUAUAGUUUAUAACAUGGACCUUUCAAGCAAUAAACUUAUAGGAGAAAUACCUGUGGAACUAAUUGCACUUUCUAUGUUGGUGGGUCUCAAUUUGUCUAAUAAUCAUCUCAGUGGGAAUAUUCCAGACACCAUUGGAAACUUGACGACAUUAUUUUCUCUUGAUUUCUCAAACAAUGAGUUGACCGGGAUGAUCCCUUCAAGCAUGGCAGCUUUGAUGUUUUUGAGCCAUCUAAAUCUGUCACACAACAACUUGUCGGGACGAAUUCCAACAGGUCAUCAGUUGCAGAUCCUUAUUGGUGAUCCAUCAAUAUAUACUGGGAACAGAGAUCUCUGUGGACCUCCAUUGCCAAACAGUUUUUGGGGUGUAGUUGGAGUUCUGUUGUUCAAGAAGCAGUGGAGACGCAAGCUUUUCAUGUUUUUUGAGAAAAUCAUGGACAAGAUAUAUGUUGCAGUCAUUGUACGAGUUGCCAAGAUCAAGAGAAGAAGUGAAGAUGUUUAG